AUGCACAGGCCAUCACCUCCAGAGGGGACGGACACGAUACCUUGUGAUCACGCGGAAGCGGAUGGAGGAAUGAAGUAUUUCGUCACCUCAGCUUGUCAAAGCUCCGAAAAUCAGCUGUCACUUUCGAUGUACACUAUGCAUGGACUCUCAGCCGACGAUCGUGCCCGUCAAACCAUUGCCUGUGGCUUCACAGUGCUCCAUGUGCUUCAGAGCCAGGGGGGCUCGACGCUCGCUGGAAAAAGCUGGGACAUUACAUCAUCGCCGGAGCUGAUGCAUGAGCCAACCCGUGUUCAGCUUUUGGGUCUAGGCCUCCACGACCAGCCAACGCCUCCUGCUUUCCUUUCGUUAUUGUUAUUGCUGCAUCCCCACGCUAGGUCCGAAGAAGAGGUACCAAUUGACUUCCCUGAAUUCCUCGCUCGUCGGACCAUCGACCUUGUAGCCUCACAUCGGCCUUCUCCUUCUACGGCCUCUUUUCUAUUCCCACCCGUCGACGGGGCGCGCUUGGAAACAUCAUUUGGCGAGAGCCGCCAAUCACCCCCGAGAAGGAAGCUAAAGCACCUCCGGCCCGGAUUCCAAUUCUCCCCCCCCCCCAACGACGAACCCCCUUUCACCCUCAAGGACACCGGGCGAGCGAGGCUGCGAUACAGCGUUAGAGCGAUGCCUUCCUUUCGAAGCUCUCGUCGGGCCACCGGCUUGAAAGAUAGUGAUUAUGACCACGAGAUCAGCCUGGUCAACCAUGACAACCGAGGUUCACCGAGCACCGAAAGCCUUAGCAGACCUCCUCGCGCGUCAACCGGUUCGCAGUUACUCCGUGAUGAGGACACUACUGGGAGUCACGAUGCGGAACCGAAUGGGGACCGCAGUACGGAACACGAUACCAAUCAGGAUGCCAGUAGGUCUGGACGCUUAGUAGAGCCAGAACAAAGUCGCCUGUCGAAGGCCGCUGGGCAUCGGAGUGCUCCCACGCUUGAACCCCAAACGACAACGGCCACCACAGCACCGUCUAUCGAAGUCGAAGAACCCACGCCAAUGGAAGGCACAAUGCCCGGCAGAAGCAGCAGUCAACGACGGAGGCCAGCCACGGCGGAUCGAGAAACAGCUAUUGAUGUGUUGUGGGAGAACGAGCGAGGCUGCUUUGUUUGCCGUGUUGCCCUAUUUUCCGGCAAGGCUUUGGGCAACCUCGACCCGUCGCCUUGGACGAACCAAUUUCACAAGACGAGUCCGACCACGACCAAGACAGCACAAGUACCCGAUCCGUCCUGGGAGUGGGCAUGGCCUGAGUGGAAGAUACAUCGCGAAGAAGGUGUGGCCAUGGACGAGUUCGGCUGGGAGUACUCGUUCAUGUUCUCCAAGAGAUAUUCCUGGCAUGGUCCGAAAUGGUGGAAUUCCUUCGUUCGGAGGAGAUGCUGGGUUCGCAAGCGCAUCAAGAAGAAACCAGAAGACAUAUCGGAAGACCCGCAUAUGCUGAACUCCGACUACUUCACCGUUACGCCUGCCAAUCACAGCCGUUCCUCUAGUGUGGCACGUAGCCGGCGAGAAAGCGUCAGCAAGGCGAGUGUACAGACCAGUGUGACAGAGGAGAAGCAAGACAUUGAAGACGUGUGGACUCUUAUGGCCGUCCUUCGAGGCUCUCGCAUCGACCGCGAAAAGAUUGAGGCCUUUGAGAAUUAUCUCGCGCAUGCCAAAGACAACCUCGAACACUUACAAGAGGAAAUGCACGAUGUUAUGGGCAUAUUUGUGUUUCAGGCCUCGAGAAGACUGCUGUUGAGUCGCUUGACCCAGAUUUAUGAUGAAGCGGUCGCUGCAGACGAAGAGAAGCACGAAGAUGCAGACAAGGCAAAAGAAAGAGAAGAGAGAAGGAAACACCUUGCAGCGGCAAUCAAACAUGCAGACGAAGAAGUCAAAAGGCUUUCGUAUUGGAGCGAUGUCAAGGGGCUUGCAGAGAAUGGCGAAGCCAAACAUGCUGUUGCAGAAGACGAGGGAUGGAAUAAGGGGUGGGAAGGUGUUGAUCAGAGCGGUCCUGCGCAACCCAACUCGGUGAGCUCAGUGUCGCUCACACUGUUGUCGGCCGGCAGGGGUCGGGUCAAAUUUCUGGGGCCGAAAGACCGGGAUCAAUCGGCGCGAAGUGGAAAUUCUUCUGCGGAUAGCUUGCCCGCGACUUCAGCGAAACUGAUGGCAUUCCAAAUGUCCCUGGGAAUCACGCUAUCAUUGAGAGUCCGAUCUCACCGUAUCGGCUCUUCUGGGAUCUCUCCGAUUUCCAGGGUUCCUCAAAGAUGGUCUCGGGCGCCUCGAACUCAACUACCACUUCCUCGUCAAUGGGUGCACACAGCUACCGAUGCAGUCAGACCCAGCGCGGUUGAGACUCCCACACCGCGAUCUCGAAUCGAAGACGAAGAAGCGAACCAUGGCACCAACCCAACCUGCGAUACCGCCGUGAGUCCUACCUUGGAAGGCCCGGCCGUCGAAGACGAAAAGAUCAAGAUGCCACUGAGAGUUGAGAACUUGACGCUGGGUGACGGUCCGGACACAAAGCCGAAGGAAGCACGCAAACCUACGACGUUGCAUCCACUUGAUACCAUCAGCGAGCGUCGUAAACCUGUUGAGUUUCUACUUAAAGAUGCCAGCGAACGCAAGUUCAAACGACCGAACAAGACGGGCUCUACCCAAGUACAGCAUGACUCUAUACUCGUUACGCCGACGAUACGUUACCAGCCCCAGCGAGAAUCGCGAGCCAGUGUUCAGCGAUUCCACCAAAGCAUAACCAGGCAAAUCUGGCUCGAGACGGUCCGACAGGUCAAAAAGGGGUCAUUUAGCAACUGGCGCAAUACUUUGGACCUUCUUCGACGACAGACCCGGCCUGUCAAGGGGCCCUGGCAGCGCAAUGUGCGUAAGAUCACAGUCGGGGUUGAACUCGCAUAUACGCUCCUUCACGAUGUCGACCAAACUAUUUGGGACAUACACGAACAAACGAGAUGUCAUAUCGAGAUGCGAUGGCCAAAGGAUAAAGAAGGGACACUCAGUGAAGUGGGAUAUCUUUUCCUUUCAGGCGACGAGGAUGCCUUGGAACACGCGAGCCAAGAAAUAUCUAGACUCGCCGCUCGAGCCGACAGCACGAUCAGUAUAGAAGGAGCCAUCGGUAGCAACUUCUCUACAACACGGCGUGACGAGGUAGCUGGAGCAAAAAACGAAACUGUGUGGAAAAGUUCCGAGGAAGAGCAGCGUCCAGCGUAUAUGAAGGAAUACUCACACAAGCACAAAUACGAAAGUAUCCCGAGACCGAAAGAAUGGACGCCUGAUUCAUUCUUGGCCUAUAUAACCGCCAUCACAAACGCAAGGAUCACUACGCAUGACAAGUACAAGAUGUACGGUGCGGGCCCUGCCGCCGACAACGCGGCUCUCAAGCUCCUUUUUAGCGCGUUUACAGAUGAGUCUUCAAGACAUGCGCGGUCGAGGCGCGCAUUCAAACAAGCCUUGCGAUUUAUUGAGCUGCGUGGCAAUGCCUAUCGUAAUCACGCCCGGGACCUUUUUCAGAGCCAGCGAGAUGCACCUUUUUCGAUGGAUACCGGCGUCUUCAACAUUAUGCUGGAAAACUGUGCCAAGUUGAAAGAUCUUCGCAACUUUCACGGCGUGUUAGGGAUGAUGAUUAGCUAUGGUUGCCAGCCAAACGCGAAAACAUGGGCGUUAUACAUGGAGAUGAUUGAGAGCAAACAAAUCAUUCAGCAUGUUCUUCGACUCAUGCACUCGCUCGGCCUACUUUUGAACCCCGACGUCGUGCCACUCGUCACGAAGCAACUCGUCACGGAGGACAUGCGCAAGCUGGAACACAACUGGCCUGGCAUCCGCUCAUUCCUUGAGACCCUGACCGCCAAGUACGGUACGGGCUGGUCAUCGAGGCCAGUCAUGCACGCCAUUAUGAACGAACUCGGACGUAUGGGCAAUUUCGCCUCGUGCUGCGACCUCUGGGACAUCAUGGCCGAGUCUCGAAAUACCUUUCCUACCACGCUCACGCUCAACACGAUGCUUCAACAUGCGAAAACCCAGCGCCAUCUCAUAUUCGCCACGGCCGCUUUGGAGAAGGCCCACAAGCACUUCGUCGUGAUGAACGAGCAAUCAUACCACAUACUCUUCUUCCUUGCCUUCAGGCUCGACAGGCCCAAUGCUAUGGGCGUCAUCUGGCGUUAUGCUUGUGUAGCGGGCAGGACCAGCUCAGAUAUGCGCAAUCAAAUCAGCAACUGGCGGUACGGCGUCAACCCGGAAAAUGUUCUGCAGCACACCAUCGAGCCGAAUCCCAAAGCCCACGCGGCCCCCUCUGCUCUGCCAACCUGGUUCGAUCAGGACGUAACAGGGGCGAACCAAGUCAACGGUGCCCGAAUCAGCAAGGCCACGCACGAGUAUUUCCGGGAGCACAAAAUGCGACCUUGGUACCCGCUCCAUCAGCUCCUCUCGUGGGCCUGGGAAGCCGACGGGAAAAUCAUCGCAGCGGUCAAGAAGGCCAAGCAGCAGAGCCUGCAGCAUUCUCCUCCCACGCCACUGCGUACCGUCACUACGCCGGGAAUCAUGGUGAUGUACCAACGGAACGGGCGUGGCCUACGGACGCAUCACAUGCAGUUGAAGAUUGAACAUGUUGCAGCCACGGAUGACUUGCCACCGUCAUCUGUUGAUGGAGACGACCAGAUAUCAUCAUCAUCGUCCGUGAACGAGGACAAGACGACAAUAGUAGUGCCGACUGAAGGUAUCACAAUACCGGUAAUGAAAGACGGCCAGCCGUCGUCAUCGGUUGACACAGACAACCAACCGUCACCGUCUGUUGACAAUUACAAGACAACGAUAGUGCCGACUGACGCACUCAGAAUACCGGCAACCCAAGGCGUAUGUGAAAUUGCAUCCUUGAGCAUGGCUAAGGUAGCUGGUAUGAGCCCUCUCUCUCCCCCUUUCUCCCCCAUUGAGCCGCCGCGACUGCUGUUCAUCAUCCCCACUAUGCCUAAUCACAAUCCUGUCAACGGCCUCCGGGACACCCAACAUGAUGAGGAAAACAACACGAGAAACAUUCAUUCAUCCAUUCCAGCCAAGCCAUUGAAAAAGUCUCUCAAGCCUUCUUAA